UUCUUUCCGUUGUUCAUCAACCAACCAAACCAUCAACUGUCGACACCACCACCACCACUGCUCGCUGUCUUCCUCAUCCACGUCCUCCACCUCCCCUUCGCUCCGUCGCCACACACUCACUCACACACACCACAGUUCCAGCCAUGGCUGAAAAGGCUCAGGCCGUGUAUGAGAAGCUGCGCGAGGCGUGGCGCGCACGCAAGCUCGACGAGUGUCAGAGUCUCCUCACACAAAUGAAGAUUGCGCUGACGGAGAUCUCGCUGUUCCCGUCUGAAGAUGAGGAGGUCAAGGUGAAGGAGCUCGUGCUUGCGCGUGACUCCCUGGAAAUUGGCGCCUUCUGGGCCAUUGAGAAGGAGGACGCCGCCACCUUUGAGCGCUACAUGAAGCAGCUCAAAGUGUACUACUUCGACUUUGCAUCCAAGAUGCCGGAGUCGUCGUUCAUGUACGAGCUCCUUGGCCUGGACCUCAUGCAUCUCCUCUCCCAGAACCGCAUCGCCGACUUUCACACGGCGCUUGAGCGGUUGGACACAACGCUCAUCCAAGAGAACACAUACAUCCGCCACCCCGUGGAGCUGGAGCAGUACUUGAUGGAGGGCUCGUACAACAAGGUGCACCUCGCACAGGAGAGCGCGCCGUCCCAGUCAUACAACCUCUUCCUCCACAAACUCAUGGGCACCAUCAGGCAUGAGAUUGCGUCGUGCUGCGAGUCUGCGUACGAUUCGCUGAAGCUGGAGGAGCUCAAGUCGCUCCUGUACACCCCGUCCGACGCAGAGAUUGACACCAUCAUCAAGGCGCACCCCGACUGGGACGUGCAGGGCGACACGGUGCACUUUCCACACAUGCAUGAGACGACAACGGGCCUGCAAACAAACACCAUCAUUGACCGCACGCUCACGUAUGCAAAGGAGCUGGAGACGAUUGUGUGAGCACACCCCCGAUUGCACACGCGCAACAAACACACAACAAGCGCGCCAUGUGCACCCUGUCGUUAAUGCUGUUGUGAUUGUGAUGUGGUGAUGUGACGGUCAGAGCUGUUGGUUUCAUUACAAAUGAUGACUGAAGGAAA